GGUCGGGGCGGGGAUGGCAAGACGGUGGUGGUGAGGGUGGGGUUUUCCAGGGACGAUGCCGUCCGCCUUCUCAGUCAGCUCUUUCCCUGUCAGCAUUCCUGCCGUGAUCACGCAGACAGACUGGACCGAGCCCUGGCUCAUAGGGCUGGCUGUCUUCCACAUACUGUGCCUGCUGCUCACAUGUCUGUCAUCCCAGAGGUACGAAGUACAGGUUGGACAUUUCCUGUGCUUAGUAAUUUUAGUGUAUUGUGCUGAAUAUAUCAACGAAGUAGCAGCAAUGAACUGGAGGUUACUUUCAAAAUACCAGUAUUUCGAUUCACGGGGGAUGUUCAUUUCCAUAGUGUUUUUGGCACCACUGCUGCUCAACGCCAUGAUCAUUGUGAUUAUGUGGGUCCGAAAGACUUUGGAUGUGAUGGCUGACCUGAAAACCCUACAGGAGAAGAGAAGAGAAAGGAAAAGAAAAGAAGAGUGAUGCCGGAACGGUUGUGGUGGUUUUCUUGGCGGAAUUCGGUUUUCCUCCGCGUCGUCGUUUGUGGGCUUCCUUAUUAGCGCCCACUCAUGUCUGUACGGAGCAUUCGCGCCAUCGAGCACACCUUACAAUUGCUCUUCAAAAUAAAUGCUACUGUC